GUCUUGCCAUCAGACGAUUUAUUCUGGUUUUAUUGCCACUUACUAAAGCAGUUGUCACUUACGUUCCACUGCCGAAAACAACUGGAUCAAACGAGUGUGGUGAAAAAGCUGCCAUGUUUAAAGCAUAAGGAAAGAUAUUUGAAUUGUCGAUAGGAGGAGUUCGACAAGGUUGUCUGUUUUGUUCGUGCCUGUUCACGUGUAGGAUAUGUUCUUUACUCCACGGACGCUAGGUGUCUCGAAUCACUGUGCUGAUUUGAACCACGGUGUUUGUACUUUACUGUGACAACAAGGGAAUAUAAUAACUCCUUAUUGUGUAGAUGUUCUAUACGUUGAUCGACCUUUGCGUGGUAUUCGUUUUUAUUUCCUUCGGAAAAUUAGGAUUUCAUUUUUGUUUUAAAGUUCAAGAUAACUAGCUACAGCAUUUAAAUGGUAAUCAGUUGAACAUAUAUCAUGAUCAUGUGAUGGAAACCCCAUGGACACAUCACGGAUGCAUUACGGAUAAGUCACGAAAACGUCAUUAUAAGUCAUAAAUAUCGAACUUACUGAACUGGUAACGUCACUUGCAAUAAUGCAAAUGUUUUGUUUUCUAUGUUACAAAACACACUCGUGGAAUCUAUAAAAGUGAACGAGCAUUCUCCAAUGGCGAGGUGCCUAUGGUUAUUAGUGUUAGUACUUUUUGUCUGCCUCAUCUCCAAUCAUGCUGAGUCAUCAGAAUCGGCUGACAUAGAGGAAGAUGACAUUGACGCUCGCCUAGGGUCCACCACCACAGUCGUGUGUGUUGUGACGUCAGCAAACACAGGCUUCGUCAUUUCCUGGACAUUCGACCAUUACGACCCUGCGAUUAGAGAAAUAGCUAUUAAACGGUCUUCAAAGUAUACAAUAGACUGGUCAUCAGCUAACAAAUACAAUUUUAAAUCAAUUUUGAAAAUAGUAAACGUUACCUAUGACGAUCAAGGGCGUUAUACCUGUAGAUAUGGAAACUUGUGGAAUACCGCUAAUGUUGUCGUUGAAGGUCGGCCUGUUAUAACCAAUACAGAAUCUAAAAUAAACGGAAAUCUGGGAAGUGAAAUGACCUUGACCUGCACUGCUCAAGUGAGAAACAGCCUUGUAAACAGUACGCCCAAUUUAACUUGGAUUCGUUCAGACCAGAAAUCAUUGCAAGACUAUUUCAACUACAUGAAUGUGCCUACCUAUAAUGCUUUUCAACCAGUUUUCAAAACGGUACUCACUAUUUACGAAUUGACGGCUGCUGAUUUGGGAACAUACGUCUGUAGAAUUUCGAAUAAAUAUGGAUCAGCGGAAUGGAGAUUUAGUGUCACUGCUGUCCCGGCUCUGAAAAUUACUGUACCGGAAACAUCGAUAACAACGGUAACUCUGUAUGACACUCAGAGCUUCAAGUGUCGUGUUUCUAACAUACAGGAUACAAACUCUGUGAAGUGGUAUUUAGGUAGAGAAAGGAUAAAAGAAAUGUUUGGGUCUACAAAUCUCAGAAGCUAUACUGAGGCGCGGGGUUUUACUAUAUACGAACUGUUCUUUGUCAGUAUGUCUCUUGAAGAUGAAGGAACUUAUUCCUGCAAAUGGAAAAAGUUGCACGACAGUCGGUAUUUACACGUCAUAGGUUCCUUGGGAAUAAAGGCCACGCAGAAUGAAGUUGUCACUGCCCCUGGUUCUGAAAUAACUCUAGAGUGUUCUGUCAAAUCGAGACCUAUUUCAGUAAUACAGUGGUAUUUUGGAAAUCAGAAGUUAAUAAGCGAUACGAAAUACAUAAUAAUAACCACAAAAGUGUCUGACAUAUACAUAAAAAGCGCUCUGACGAUCAGGAAUGUGGUUGUAGAACACUUUGGCAACGGCUUCGUCUGUGUGAGUAACAACACAAUGGGCGAACUCUUCACAGAUGGAAUUAGAGUAACGGACGUGAACGAAUGUAAGACAGGACAACACGACUGUGAUCUGUCGAGGGAGGUGUGUGUAGACACCCUGGAGGCGUACAGCUGUGAGUGCAGGAAACAGUUCCAACGAGUUGGACUGAUCUGUCAAGCGAUAUCAAGGUCAUCUUCGAGUACAACAUCAUCUCCGACAACAAAAUCCGCUCCAUCUACGGCGGCCGAUAAUGCUCUAGUAAUAGGACUUGUAAUAGGACUCUGUCUUAUAGGUUUAUUUGCUCUGGUUGGCUUUGUCGUAUGCUGUGUUUACAGACGAUUCAACAUGAAGAAGUUGAUAAAUAUAUCAAGAUCUGCUUCUACCGGAGUCUAUAAUACAACGUUUGACGUCAUGUCGGAAGAGGCUCACAUAUACACGGAACUAACACCAGGCUCUGGAGAAUUUCCCCGCGAUCGCCUGAGGUUCCAGAACCUCCUCGGUGAAGGCAAGUUCGGAAAGGUUGUUAAAGCAGAGGCUCUGGAUAUCCUCGGAUUAAAAACAUGGGACGAAGUGGCUGUAAAAAUGGUUAAAGAGACGGCCACAGACGCAGAGAAAGAGGAUUUUUAUCACGAGUUGCUGAUAGUGAGGAAAAUACCGCGGUAUAUUAACGUCGUCGCCUUCCUCGGAUGUUGCACUGUCGGAGAACCAACACUCAUGAUCAUGGAGUACGUUUCUGGUGGUGACCUACUGACCUACUUAAGGAAAUGCAGGCCGAAAAAGGAGACGGCAGAGGAACAGUGUCUCACGCAGAAAGAUUUGCUCUCCUUUGCAUUUCAGACGGCGCGUGGCUUACGUCAUUUAGAAAGCAAUAAGAUAGUACACCGCGACGUGGCUGCCAGGAAUGUCCUCGUGAACAAAGACAAAGUCUGUAAGAUUUCUGACUUCGGUCUCGCACGAGACAUAGAGGGGACUGAUCUUUAUGAAAGAACUUCAAAGGGACCCCUGCCUAUCAGAUGGAUGUCGCCAGAAUCUCUUCGAGACUCGAUUCACACACACAAGUCAGACGUGUGGGCAUACGGAGUGCUGCUUUGGGAAAUUGUUACUCUUGGUUCGAGUCCGUAUCCAGGCAUGUCUGGGAAACAGGUGAUGACUUUCGUUCUAGAAAGACGAACACAGGAAUUCCCACCGCAGUGCAAAGAGGAGAUAUGUAAAAUUAUGCAUGAAUGUUGGGAAUUCAAUGCUGUAGAUCGCCCAUCGUUUCACGAGAUAGUCCAAAUAUUGGAACGUCUUUUAGAAGAGGAAGGUAACUACAUCAAGCUAGAGAACAUGGAGGAUGGAAUAUACAUGAUUCUAGAGGAGUCGUCCGCGGAAGAAAAUAUCUGAUACUGGACAAGGGAAUAUAUAUACUAGAGGAGGGAAUAUAAAUGAUACUUGAGGUGUCCUACACAGAAGGAAAACUGAUAUUGUACGAGGGAAUAUACAUGAUACUAGAGGAGGGAAUAUACAUGAUACUUGAUGAAGGAAUAUACAUGACACUAGAGGAGGGAAUAUACAUGAUACUAGAGUAGGGAAUAUACAUGAUACUUGAUGAAGGAAUAUACAUGAUACUUGAUGAGGGAAUAUACAUGAUACUAGAGGAGGGAAUAUACAUGAUACUUGAUGAAGGAAUAUACAUGACACUAGAGGAGGCAAUAUACAUGAUACUAGAGUAGGGAAUAUUCAUGACACUAGAGGAGGGAAUAUACAUGAUACUAGAGGAAGGAAUAUACAUGAUACUAGAGUAGGGAAUAUUCAUGACACUAGAGGAGGGAAUAUACAUGAUACUAGAGGAGGGAAUAUACAUGAUACUAGAGGAGGGAAUAUACAUGAUACUAGAGGAGGCAAUAUACAUAAUACUAGAGUAGGGAAUAUUCAUGACACUAGAGGAGGGAAUAUACAUGAUACUAGAGGAAGGAAUAUACAUGAUACUAGAGGAGGGAAUAUACAUGAUACUAGAGGAGGGAAUAUACAUGAUACUAGUGGGGUGGUCAACGGAAGAAAAACUCUGAUACAUGAUACUUAAUGAGGGAAUAUACAUGACACUAGAGGAGGGAAUAUAUAUGAUACUAGAAGGGUCGUCCACAGAAGAAAAACUCUGAUACUGUACAAGGGAAUAUACAUGUUACAAGAGGAAGGAAUAUACAUGAUACUAGAGGAGAAAAUAUACAUGAUACUAGAGGAGGGAAUAUACAUGAUACUAGAGGAGGGAAUGUACAUGGUACUAGAGAAGAGAAUAUACAUGACACUAGAUGAGGAAAUAUACACGAUACUAGAGGAGGGAAUAUACAUAACACUAGAGGAGGGAAUUUACACGAUACUAGAGGAGGGAAUGUACACGAUACUAGAGAAGAGAAUAUACAUGACACUAGAUGAGGGAAUAUACAUGAUACUAGAGGAGGGAAUAUACAUGACACUAGACGAGGGAAUAUACAUGAUACUAGAUGAGGGAAUAUACAUGAUACUAGAGGAGGGAAUGUACAUGAUACUAGAGAAGAGAAUAUACAUGACACUAGAGGAGGCAAUAUACAUGACACUAGAGGAGGCAAUAUACAUGACACUAGAGGAGGGAAUAUACAUGUCACUAGAGGAGGGAAUAUACAUGAUACUAGAGGGGUCCUCCACGGUAGAAAAACUCUGAUACUGUACAGAACAAGUUGAAUUUUUUGAGACAUUUAGAUACUAAGUAUCAUACUUUCCAGUGCCAUAUUUUGCUAUGUUUGACAUUUAUUUAUGUUAUCUUACUCCACGUGAGAAUAUCAACGCUGUAACGUACUGCCAAUAGCUGUAAACAGUGGCUUCCAAACGAAUAGUUGACUAAAAGUCAAUUGUACACCAAGAAAUAAAGAAAUCAAAGAAAAAAAGAAGGACAUCGACGUUAAUGAAGAAAAAUUACAUUCGUAUCUUUCCAAAAGUGAAGGAAGGAAGGAAAGGAAGGAAAUGUUUUAUUUAACGAUGCACUCAACACAUUUUAUUUACGGUUAUAUGGUGUCAGACAUAUGGUUAAGGACCACACGGAUAUUGAGAAAGGAAA